CAGCGCUGUCGGAGGACCAGCCGGCUGCCGCUCGCGCGGGUGCUGGGUAGGGCGGCGGGCGGGGUUGCGGCCCGAAGUCCGGGCCGGGUGGCCCGAGGCGCCCGAGCCCGGUGUGCCCAGUCGGCCGCGGCCGCGGGGCAGCCAUGGCGGAGGCCGCGCCGCAUCACCCGGCGCUGCCCUCGGGGCUGCUGGAGCUGUGCGCGCUGCUGGGGGCCCCCCGGGACAGCCUCCCCAGCCCGGAGCAGCGACUGAACAACAACAGAGGCUGUCUCAUGCUGUGUGGAGAGGGCCUGUUUGCUCCUCUGACUGUGGACUGUGAUCUGUUCCAGGAGCUCUUUCACCGUGAGGUCGCCCAGAGGAAGGGCGUCAAGGGCCCGUCUUCUCUGGAUCCGGCGGUGCUGUCAGUCUUCGUGCCUCCUUUUGUCAUGAAGGAGGACAGUCAGCUGGCCGGCAUGAACUGCACGACUCUGGGUAAGAACAGGAAGCGCUCCUUCCGGAAGAAGAGAGAGAGGCCCAGAGCGGAGCUGGGGAAGGGUGUCCCCGGCGGCCCCAGGGGCCCGGACCCUGAGGACGUGAGCAUCCCCAACGGCGUGGACCUGCUGGCUCUGCCACAGCUCUGCUUCCCAGGGGGAUUGUGUGUGGCCUCUGAGCCCAGAGAGGACUGCGUCCACUUUCUGGUGCUGACCGACGUCUGCGGCAACAGAACCUAUGGCGUGGUGGCACAGUACUACCGACCCCUGCACGACGAGUACUGCUUCUACAACGGCAAGACGCAUUGGGAGGCGUCGGGGCUGGGUGGGAGUGCGGCCGGCUGCUUCGUGCCCUUCGCGGUGUGCGUGGUCUCCAGGUUCCCCUAUUACAACGCCCUCAAGGACUGUCUCUCCUGUUUAUUGACUCAUCUGAAGUUCUGUAAAGAUUUCGAAGUUGACAAUCACAUAAAAGAUUUUGCUGCAAAGCUGUGUUUAAUACCUAGCCCACCACCUGGACCACUCCAUUUGAUAUUUAACAUGAAACCACUACAGAUCGUGUUUCCCUCGAGAGCGGACCCCGAGAGCCCCCUCAUCGACCUGGACCUUCACCUGCCCCUGCUGUGCUUCAGACCUGAGAAGGUGCUACAGAUCCUCGCCUGCCUCCUGACGGAGCAGCGCGUCGUGUUCUUCUCGUCCAGCUGGGCUCUGCUGACGCUCGUGGCCGAGUGCUUCAUGGCCUACCUGCACCCCCUGCAGUGGCAGCACACCUUCGUGCCCAUCCUGUCCGGGCAGAUGCUGGACUUCCUCAUGGCGCCCACCUCCUUCCUCAUGGGCUGCCACCUUGACCACUUUGAGGAGGUCAGCAAGGAAGCUGAUGGUUUAAUUUUGAUAAACAUCGACAAUGGGAACAUCACCUACUCUAAUGAUGAGGAGGUUGAUGUUCCUGACAUCCCUCUCCUGGCUGCACAGACGUUUAUUCAGAGGGUCCAGAGCCUUCAGCUGCACCACGAGCUGGACCUGGCUCACCUCUGCACCAGCACGGACGUGAACGAGGGCCGGGCCUCCAGGCGGGCCUGGCAGCAGCAGCUCAACUGCCAGAUCCAGCAGAUGACCCUGCAGCUGCUCGUCAGCAUCUUCAGGGAAGUGAAGAAUCACUUGAAUUAUGAACACAGAGUGUUCAAUAGUGAAGAGUUUCUCAAAACAAGAGCUCUAGGGGACCAGCAGUUUUAUAAGCAGGUCCUGGAUACAUACAUGUUUCAUGCCUUCCUCAAGGCCCGGCUCAGCAGAAGGAUGGACGCCUUUGCCCAGAUGGACCUCCACACGCAGUCCGAGGAGGACAGGAUAAACGGGAUGCUCCUGAGUCCGAGGAGACCCACGAUUGAGAAGAUGGCCAGCCGGAAGUCCUCAGCCCCACAUGCAGCCCACCGGCGCAUGGUGGUCAGCAUGCCCAACCUGCAGGACAUCACGGUGCCCGAGCUGCCACCCCGGAACUCGUCGCUUCGGAAGAUACAGACCAUGGAGUGCGGGAGCAGCUGCACAGUUCUGGACGUGCCCCCUAAGUCGACACACACCUUCAAGAUCCCGGAAAUCCACUUCCCGCUGGUGGCCCAGUGCGUGCAGGCGUUCUACACGGACUGCGUGGCCCAGCUGAGCAAGGCAAUGGGCUCGCUGGCCCCCGAGAACUCGGUGCUGCUGGCCAGGUACUUCUACCUCCGGGGGCUGGUGCAGCUGAUGCAGGGCCACCUGCUGGGCGCCCUGCUGGACUUCCAGAGCCUGUACAAGACCGACAUGCGCAUCUUCCCUGCUGACCUCGUCCAGACGACCGUGGAGUCCCUGUCGGCGCCCGAGCGCACGCAGGCUGAGCGCACGCCCGAGCUGCGCCGGCUCAUCAGCGAGGUCAUGGACAGGCCCGUGGACACUCCCAAGGCCGACGACCGUGUCAAGAACUUCGAGCUGCCCAAGAAGCACAUGCAGCUGGACGACUUCGUGAAGAGGGUGCAGGAGUCAGGCAUCGUGAAGGACGCUGGCGUCAUACACCGGCUGUUCGAGGCGCUGACUGUAGGACACCAGAAACAGAUUGACCCAGAAACGUUCAAAGAUUUCUACAACUGCUGGAAGGAGGCAGAAGCAGAGGCGCAGGAGGUCAGCCUGCCUUUGUCGGUGAUGGAGCAGCUGGACAAAAACGAGUGUGUGUACAAGCUGUCGCGCUCUGUCAAGACGAAUCGCGGGGUGGGCAAGAUUGCCAUGACCCAGAAGCGCCUGUUCCUCCUCACGGAGGGGCGGCCGGGCUACGUGGAGAUCUCCACCUUCAGGAACAUAGAGGAUGUCAGAAGCACCAUGGCCACUUUUCUGCUCCUGAGAAUUCCCACUUUAAAAAUCAAAACGGCGUCCAAGAAAGAAGUCUUUGAGGCUAACCUCAAGACGGAGUGCGACCUCUGGCACCUGAUGGUGAAGGAGAUGUGGGCCGGGAGGAAGCUGGCCGACGACCACAAGGACCCCCAGUACGUACAGCAGGCGCUGACCCACAUUCUCUUGAUGGAUGCAGUCGUCGGCACGCUGCAGUCACCGGGAGCCAUCUAUGCGGCCUCCAAGUUGUCCUACUUUGAUAGGAUGAAGAAUGAAAUGCCCAUGGCAGUUCCAAAGACAACCUCGGAAACCCUGAAACACAAGAUCAACCCCUCAGCGGGGGAGACCGCCCCACAGGCCAUCGAUGUGCUGCUCUACACCCCAGGGCAUCUUGACCCAGCGGAAAAAGUGGAGGAUGCUCACCCCAAAUUAUGGUGCGCGCUGAACGAGGGCAAGGUGAUCGUGUUUGAUGCUUCCUCCUGGACGAUUCACCAGCACUGCUUUAGAGUGGGCACGUCUAGGCUGAACUGCAUGGUGAUGGCGGAGCAGAGCCAGGUGUGGGUCGGCUCGGAGGACUCGGUCAUCUACAUCAUCAAUAUCCACAGCAUGUCCUGCAACAAGCAGCUCACUGACCACCGCUCCAGCGUCACGGGCCUGGCUGUGCAGGACGGCGUGCAGGCGACCAGCACCGUGUACUCAUGCAGCACUGACGGGACGGUCCUGGCCUGGAACGCAAGCUCCCUGAGGGUGACCGGCAGGUUCCAGGUGCCCGGUGGAGGGCUCUCGGCGAUCAGACUGCACGGCGGCCGCCUCUGGUGCUGCACUGGAGACAGCAUCCUGGUGGUGAACAUGAAUGGAUCUCCUUGUCAAGAGCUGAAGAUCGACGGGAGCUUUAAAGAGACAGGCACCUCCUUCCUGGGAUUCCAGCUCAUGCCCGAGCAGGAGCAGCUCUGGGCGGCCUGCGCCGGGUACCCCGACGUCUACGUCUGGAGCCUGCAGGACCUAGCCCAGCCCCCGCAGAGGAUCCAUCUCCAGGACUGCUCUGAGAUCAACUGCAUGAUCAGGGUGAAGAAGCAGAUCUGGGUGGGCGCCACGGGGCUGUCACAGGGGCGGCUGAAGGGGAAGAUCUAUGUGAUGGACGCGGAGAGGAGGACGGUGGAGAAGGAGCUGGCGGCCCACACGGACACGGUGAAGACGCUGUGCUCCGCGGAGGACAGAUACGUGCUGAGCGGCGCCGGCCGUGAAGAGGGGAAGAUCGCCAUCUGGAAGGUCGAGUGACUGAGGGGGCGUGUGCACUGCGAGCCAGGGACGCACCUUCUGACAGCUGCUGGCGCUUCCCGAGGGGAGGCGGUCCAAGCCGGCCGGGGCCAUCUGCCCGGUGUCGGGGUGGGCCCACUGCAGGGCCUCCUGGGCUCUCUGACCGCUGGGCUCUCUGACCUCCUAGAGGUUAGCUGAUGAAACUGGACCGUUUCCGGGGGUGGGGGGGUGUUUCUCAGGCAGCCUCUGCCGAGAAGCCCUCCUGUGCUGUCUGGAUGGUUCCAGGAUCUACACCCUGGGCCAGCGCCAGGCUAGCCAAGAGCUGUCGAGCUAAAGCACCCAUGAGCUGCAGACUGCCAGUCUCUGGCCAUGCUUUCCCACCCGCUUCCCUCACUCACUCGCCAGAUACCAGGCGCCGGGCUUACAGGAGCCCGGUGCCGGUACACUGACCUCUUGUUUCCAGUAAAGCUCAUGAGAAGGGCUGCUUCUAAAUGACCACGUUGUGGUUGAGUAGGUUUGCACCUGCCCUUGCUGUCGCCUGUCAGAACAGGGGACAGAGCCUGCCCAGGGAGGGGACAGCACUGGGGUGAGGCUGUCUGCAUGGGGCUGAGACAGGCUCUGUGUUUUUUCUUUUUAACAAAUGCAGUGUUGUUUUUUUUUUUUCAUUUAUUUUUAUUAGUUGGAGGCUAAUUACUUUACAAUAUUGUAGUGGUUUUUGUCAUAC